CAGAACUGAUAAUGUUAUAAAGAAACAAUAAUUAUGUAUCAACAAUAAUUACCCAUUAAAACAAAGAAAAGAAAAUUUACUUGGUUGAGUUGGUCUCAAUGAUUAUAUUAGCAUUGAAAUUUCGCAGAGACCAAAUCUGUUAUGAACCAAUUAUAUCUCUAAAAGAUUUGAUUUUUUUGGAGAAUCGAUUGUCUUGGGUGUUAUAUAUACUCCAACGGUAGUAUUAAGAAACAACCACAGCUUCUUUCCUCGAUCACUUUCUUUCAUGCUUCGUAGGCUUUGAUCGAUCUCCUUUUUACCUUCUCAUCUUCUCUCUUUCUCCUUCCUUCUGCCAGUUCGUCUUGGGACAGGGAUUUGACUAGGGGAUAAAAUGGGUCGUGCAAGAAUCAGCUUGAAACAUAUCUCAAAUGAGAGAUCUCGCAAGAAAACUUUCAUGGAGAGAAGGAAAGUACUUAUAAAAAAAAUCUCUGAAUUUUCCACCUUGUGUGGAGUUGAAGCAUGCUUGAUUGUGUAUGAUGAUGGGAAUGGUGACAUUGAACCAGUGACUUGUCCCAAAGACCCUGUAUUGGCACACUCCAUACUUCAAAACUAUGAGUUUCAAAAGAAUCAGAGACCUCCCAAGAAGUUUGGUAUUCAGGACUUUGUUGAGGAUAGGAAGAACAUCAUUGAAGCUGAGAUUUCCAAAGUGCAUAAAGAGAUCACCAACAUCAAGUAUCCAACUUCGGAUCCAAGUUUCAUAAACAUGGAAGAGGAUCAAUUGAGGGCCUUCAUUGCUCUGGUGGAUGCUAAGAUUAGGACCUGUGAUCAUUCUUUGAAAAACAUGCAUCAAAGUGAAGCCAACUUCAUGCAAAACAUGGCUUGGGGAAGUGCUUCCUCCUCCCAUCCUACUCCUAUGGAGCCACUUAAUAAUAAUGGGAGGGUGGAUGUUACAAACUCAAUAGAUCAGGUUUAUGAAGCUAUGCAACAAGUUGAUGCUCCCUUUAGUUACAUUCCAGACAUGGUUCAGAAAAGUUUUAAUUGCUUGCAAAACAUCUCUCAAAGCCAACCCAUACUUGAUGUUGAGGAUGAGAUGGUAGGUUUUAGUAAUAGAGUUGAUGUGUCACUGGAUACAACUAAUCAAAUUGCUGACUUGUUGGACUGGUUUGAUGGACCUAUUAUUGGUUGGUCUGAUCUUGUGGAUUGGACUAGUCAACCUGAUGAAUCUCAGAAUGAGCAACAAGGUGGAGGAGAUUUGGAUGGAUUUCAAACAGAAUGCUAUAAUCUGAAUUUCUGAAUGGCUAACUAUGAGUUAACUUUGAUUUUGAUGCUCUUAGUAUUUAGUUUAAUGUGUAACUUUUAGCCAUUUAUGUGCUUGAAAGUGCUUUCAGCUGGAAAUGUAGGUUUUAUGUUGCUAGAAAGUGUAGGUUUGGGUAUCAUAUAUAUUGUUUCAGAGUAUUGUCUAUUUUGCAUAUAAUAUUUAUUUUGAAUUCAUUGUUCAAAGUUUGAAUUUACACAUAUAUGAUAAUUAAUGUUUUGAUAAAAUCAUCUUUAAGGUUACCUCUUUA